GUGUUACGCAUUGUGAUUACUUUGUAGGGGGGGAUAUUGAUAUGCACUUUCCGUUCAUCCUUUGUGUAGUCAAUGAAUCGCUAUCGGAUGUCGCAGACGUCUCGAUCCAAUACCAACUAAAAAGUUUGUAUCGUGAUUGUUUAUUGUAAAAUAAAAAAUGUCCCUAACUGGUCAUUCUGUUUAUAGUUUAAUCAGUGAUAUGUGAACGUCGAUAAAGUCGCUAAUUUUGUGUUUGAUGUGUACACUGAAUUGUUAUAUUUAAAGUGUAUUUCGGCGAAAAUGGUAAUGGAGUCCGCGCAACAUAACGGGCGAUUUUGGCCCCUAUCGCCUCGUUUGUGGCGUCGGAGCAACGAAUAUACCAAGGUGGUAUUCGAACCUAGAAGGCCACCGACAUCGCCGUUAGAAUUUAGAAAGAACAAAAUAGAUCUGACCCCGGAUUUAUUGAGAUCCAGGAGUUUCAUUAAAGAUAGACUGGAUCAUUUGAAUCUCGAGGAGGUGGAUGAUGAAGAUAAUCAAAUCGAUGAGAGGAAUCGAUGGAGUGUCGACUCGAAGAAACCGCCGAUCAAAGAAACGAAAAAAAUCGAAGAAGUAGUUAAGCUGAGAACCAAGAAGCAAAGACAGCCGCGACCGAACAGCUUGCAGCUGUUACUCUGCCCUUCCAGUUCGGGGCACUAUAGUAGCAACACCUGGAGAUAUACCAGAGUUCGUUCAAAAAGCCAUGAGCCGGAGGGUGGCGGCCGCUGCGGCGAAGGCCCGCUAGCGCGCGCCAUGCAGCCAGCGCCGCCUGGUGGCUCGCCCAAGCGACAGCCCGCCACUGCGCCCGCGCAUGGCGCGGCGGGCGACCAGUCAACGCUAAAGGUGCAUUUGCCCAAUGGCGGGUUCAACGUGGUGCGUGCGUCUCCCGAGGAGGACGUGCGCUCUGUGUUACGGCUACUGGCGGCGCGACUUGCCGCUGGUGACCGAUUGUACGCGUCAUGCUAUGCGUUAAGAGCCAGGCGGCUUACUACUGGCAAGAUCCGAUGGAUCCACCAGGACACAGCGGUGUCGGAGCUAGCGGCGCGCUGGCCGGCCAGCGAAUGGCGGCUGGAAUUGCGCGUGCGCUACUUGCCCGCAAACCUGCGCGAUCUGUGCGACGCGGACCGUGUCACAUUCCAUUAUUACUACGACCAGGUGCGACAUGACUACCUCAACGCCAACCAUCCUAUGGUGGAUCAGGACUUGGCGAUACAAAUAUGUUGUUUAGAAAUAAAAUAUUUCUGCAAAGAUAUGCAGAUAUCGUUAGACAAGAAGUCAAACAUAGAGUACUUAGAGAAGGAGUUUGGACUACACAAGUUCCUGCCCAAGUCUGUGCUCGAUGCUAUCAAACCCAAAGUUCUCAAGAAGGCCAUACAACAGCAAUUCAAAAAGGUGGCCAAUCUGAGUGAUGUGGAGUGCAUGUUGCGGUACGUGGAGACGAUGCACACGCACUACGGCUACGAUCGCGAGACAUUCACCGCGGCUCUCGGCGGGGGCUGGGCUAUACCUGUCGAGCUCGCUAUUGGACCUGAUAUUGACAUAUCAUACGUGUCCCACAAGGCAGGAGAGCCGCCCACGUACACCAAGAUAGCCUCCUUCAGUGACAUCGUCGCGCUCCACACUCUCAAGUCUAACUGCACGCAGCAGUCACAGACACAGAGUGGUUCGUGUGGUAAGGGAGCGCUGCAGUUAAGAGUAAAGGGCGCCACAGAGACCCUCACUAUUAUGUGCAGCACUGUGGAGGCGGCAGAAAGUUUAGCAGAUUUAGUGGACGGUUACUGCAGACUGGUUACAGACUCGCAAACAUCUCUAUGGAAUAGAACGACAACCGUAUGGAAACAACUCAAUUGUCAAUGUAAAACAGCAGAGAUGAGCAGCAGUUCAUCAGAGGGCAAGACAAGUUCGUGGGAGGCGAAUACUGCCACCAUACUGUCUGAGGACUACGCGGAGAUUGUUGAUGAUGAUGCAGACUACUCCACACCAGCAGUUCGAGAUUAUGAGUUGGUUCGUAAUCAAAUCGAACUGACCGGUAUCAUUGGAGAGGGACAGUUCGGUGAUGUGCAUAAGGGCACGUGUCGUGUGACGUCAGCCAACCAUCCGUCACUACGACGUCAGCUGGCGCUGCAGAAGCAGCAGGGGCGCGGCGCCGGCGAGCACGUGCUGCACGUCGCCGUCAAGACAUGCAAGAUGGACGCGGAUCUCGACACCGCUGAGAAGUUCCUUGAAGAGGCUUACAUAAUGCAGCAGUUCUCACACCCGCACAUCAUAGGUCUAGUGGGCGUGUGCAGCUCCCCGCCGAUAUGGAUCGUGAUGGAGCUCGCCACGUUAGGAGAAAUGAGAGCUUAUUUACAGCAGAAUGCACACAGAUUAGAGACAUGUACCCUGGUGCUGUACAUCUACCAGCUGUCGACGGCACUCAGUUACUUGGAGAGCAAGAAGUUCGUACAUCGAGACAUCGCAGCCAGGAACGUGCUCGUCUCCACUGCUACAUGUGUUAAGUUAGCAGACUUCGGUCUGUCGAAGCGUGUAGACGACAAGUCAUACUACAAGGCCUCUCGCGGCAAACUGCCCAUCAAAUGGAUGGCGCCAGAGUCCAUCAACUUUAGGAGAUUCACCUCCGCCUCUGAUGUCUGGAUGUUUGGUGUAUGUAUGUGGGAGAUACUGAUGCUGGGCGUGAAGCCGUUCAGCGGCGUGAAGAACAACGACGUGAUCGGCAAACUGGAGAACGGCGAGCGGCUCGCCCUCCCGCCGCGCUGCCCGCCUCGCCUCUACUCACUCAUGUCACGCUGCUGGGCAUACGAGCCCUCCCAGCGACCUGCAGCACACGCACUCAAGGAGACCCUCUUUGAGAUACUGCAGGAGGAGCGCAGCACGGCCUGGGACACGAUGCGGCGCGAGAACCGCCGCGUGGCUGCCGCCUCCUGGGGCGACGACCCCCCGCCCAAACCCUCGCGCCCUCCGGCCAACCUGCCGCCGGUGUUAGAUUCAUCGUCGACGGCGGGCGGAGGCGUCGGUGCCGGUGGAGCGCCACAGACCUACAUCGUGGCGCAGAACCCGCUGGUGCUGGCACACCUGCUGCGGGAGAACCAGGCGCGCGCCAUCGAGCCCCAGGCGUACACCACGCCCGCAUCGAGUCCAGAAUUCGAUACGGAGCAGGCUGUGGAGAAGAGACUGCUCGCAGAACUAGCGAGACAGCAACAUCAGAGUGAAGAAGACAGCAAAUGGCUUCAGAUGCAAGAAGAUAAUUUGAAACGGUUAUCCAACAUGCAAGUAGCUGUUGAGAGUGAACCGAGCGAGCACAAACACUCAGAGCAGAGCGGACACGAGCACAGAUCUAGUCAGCCCCAAUCAGGAGCAAAUUCUUCGGAGACGAGUCCGGCGAACACAGUUAAAACAAAACCAAAAGUAAUAGAAGAAAAAGGUGUGAACGAGCCGGUGUACGCGGCGACGACGUGCGUAGUACGCGCUGUGAUGCGGCUGGCGGCGGCGGCGGGCGCGGGGGGUGCCGGGGGCGCAGGGGGCGCGCCACCCCCCGCACCCCCCGCGCUGCUGGCCUGCGUGCGCGCGGUGGGUCACGACCUGCGCGCCCUCUGCGCCACUGUCGACCUCAUUGUUGUACCAUAUCCACCCUCCGCACAGAGGGAGGUGGAGAUGGCGCACCAGGUGCUGAGCAAGGACAUGGCGGCGCUGGUGGAGGCGAUGCGGCUGGCUGUGCGCUACGCAGACACCACGUUGCAGCACGAGUACACCAAGAGCAUGCUUGCAGCGGCGCAUGUGCUGGCAAUGGACGCCAAAAACCUACUCGACGUGGUAGAUUGCAUCCGUGAAAGACAUCCAGAGGUGGACUGGCGCGCCGCACUGCUACCAGACAACGACCCCCCACACCCACCAUCCGGACCCCCUGCCAACACCCACCCCCCACAGACCUCCACACAAGACGAGCCCCCACCACCAAAACCAGACUUCAAAAUAAACCAACCAGUAACAACAAUACUGACCACUGAACAUUCCCCUAAAGAACACAACAGUCUUCCCGUUACCUCGAAUAGGGUGUCCACACUUAUACAUAAUUAUAAUUUAUAUGGCAAUGUUAGAGAACCACAACAUAUAUAUGGCAACACUGAAGUGGGCGGAUCUUUCCAACAUUCGACGUCUUGUGAUGAUUCAAAAAUCGAUUUAGCACCUUUAGAAUCUGUUAAAAGUCGUGUACAAGCGAUAUCUGGGAAAAUAGAACCCCCUAUAUACUCCUCGAUGAAUAAAAAAAUGGUCCCCGCAGAGAAUGAUGAAUGAUAAAUAAUUGCUUUUUAGUGGAUCUUUUUUUUAACAUCUCGAAUGAGAUUCAAACAGCUUUACUUAUGGGGCUAUGAAGAGAUUAGACUUAAUUGUUUUUGUAACGAGCAUUUACUGAUUUUACUUUACCCCGCUUCUAUAGUGUGCUAAUUAUGUAGGCAAUUGGAAAAAAAUCCGUUAUUCGGAUUUUUUAAUACAAAAAAUUUGAAAAAAAAAAGCUUUGUUAUUAAACUCGACAUUUGAAAGUACUUAUUAUUUUUAUACUAUUGUAUGGCUAAUUAUGCUGGUUUCCAUCGCUGAAAAAAAUAAAAAAGUCAGCGUUUUUUUUUUAAAUGACUUUUAGGUUAUUUGGUAAUGAAAACUGACAGUUACUAUAAUUCGGAUUAUUUUAUCUCUGGCUCUGGUGCUGUGGUAGAGUUUUGAGAGCUUUGUGUUUUGGGAGCUUAUGCGCUGUGCUCGUAGUAGCGUCGCUAAUUAACUUUUUGAUUGACUUCAAAAAGGAGGUUCUCAAUUUGUUCGUUUUUUUUGCUCAAUAUAAUCUGUAGCAGUUAGACGCCACGUGUUCGUUACAACACUGAACUAUUUAUUAUCUGUGAAUUCAGCGUCACAUUUUUAAUUUCGUUUUCCAUUGUCGAUAAACGUAUACAAAAAUAU